AUGUCGUCGCUCGCUGGUUUAGGGCAUCCAGAGCUAGAGCACAACACCAUGGCGACUAAGGCGAUGGAGAGAGGAUUCAAGUUGAUUUUAGGUUCUCAAUCCAUGGCGAGAAAGAGGAUACUCGCUGAAAUGGGGUAUAAUUUCACUAUCGUGACGGCAGACAUUGAUGAGAAAGCUAUUAGGAGGGAGAAGCCUGAAGAUUUGGUUGUGGCCAUCGCUGAAGCCAAGGCAGAUGAGAUAAUAUCGAAACUGGGAGGUGUAAGCCAGUUUGCGCAGGAUCCUGAACCAACUCUACUAAUUGCUGCAGACACGGUGGUUGUGUACAAAGGUGUCAUCAGAGAAAAACCAACCAGCAAGGAAGAAGCUCGCCAGUUUAUCAAAGGUUAUUCCGGAUCACACGGAGGCGUUGUGGGAUCUGUGAUUGUAAGAAACUUGAAAACUGGAGUUAGAAGAGGAGGAUGGGACAAAGCAGAGGUUUAUUUCCAUGAGAUACCAGAACAAGUCAUUGACGAUCUUAUCGAUGAUGCGAUAACAUUCAAGGUUGCUGGAGGUUUAACAUUGGAGCAUCCUCUCAUUUCACCCUUUAUCGAUACUGUGGUUGGAGGAGCUGAUACAGUCAUGGGACUUCCUAAAGAACUCACAGAAAAAUUUAUCAGCGAGGUGUUGUAG